AUGUCGCAGUUCUUCAAGUGCCGAUCUCCCUCCGGCCUCCCAACGACGGUGGCUCCCACGCGUCCCGAUUCCAUUGAACUUGUCGAGUACAACCACCCCUCCCAGGACGCUACCGGACCGGACCUAGGGCCCACUGCUACAGCUCAACCCUCAUCCUUAAAUACAAGGCCCUUUGCUCCUGCAGCCAACUCUCAGGCGCUCGCGCUAGCUAGUCUUGUGCUAGAGCUGGACGAGGCUGCCCACGAGAAGAGUUUUGAAGGUCAGCGCCGGCCGCCCGGUGUCCGCUUUACUCGUCUGAGAUUUUGGACUGAGGCUCUUCGACGUCGUGCGCAGGCUUCAGAAUCGCGGAAGGUCGACUCCCAUACCGAUACCGAUACCGGAACUGAAUCUGGAUCUGGAUCUGGGAGUAUCGCCAAAAUGAAGUUCUCGCAUAGUGUGCAGUUUAAUGCUGUGCCGGAUUGGAGCUCGAAUUACAUUGCGUAUAGCAAUUUGAAGAAAUUAAUAUACACCCUCGAGAAGCAGGUCAACCGCACUGAGGGCCAGUCCACUACUGAUGUUGAGUCUGCGCCUCUGCUGGGUGCUCAGACGAGUAACCCCGAUGGGAUCUUUAAGCGGGCACUUGAUGCCGAGAUGGAUAAGAUCUGCACCUUCUAUCAGAAGAAGGAGGCCGAGAUCUUCGAGCUUGCUGAUGAGGUUAUCAAGGACGCUCAUGUCUAUCUUUCCGAGACGGAUGGCGUCAAUAUGGAUCCGGUCAGCGAGACUAUUAUCAAGGCCAACUUCCGCCGGAAUAGCGGUGCUUCUCAUCUGCGCCGGCGAUCCAGUGGUGCUAGCAACGAUUCGAUGGCCGAUGAUGAGGGCGAUAGCGAUGAUGAUCGAUCGCCGACGACGCUUGCUCAACGCCGGAGAAUGGUGCAGUCGACGGAUCUCGAGUCUGGCACGGAUGAUCAGCACGGCGAUCUGGUGGACUCGACUUACUUCGGCCAGUCGAGUGCACGCGAGCCCCACGAGUCGUAUUUCAGCGAUGAGGAUUUCCUGGCUCUAUAUAACGCCGGGAUUUCGUUGAAGAAGCGCCUGAUCGAGGUUUAUGUCUCGCUCUGUGAGCUUCGGUCUUUUAUCGAACUCAACAAGACUGGUUUCUCCAAGGCUCUGAAGAAAUACGACAAGACUUUGGACCGCAACUUGCGCCGCGAUUAUCUGGCUUCCGUUGUCUACCCGGCACGGCCUUUCGUCGAGAGUACCAUGGCUUCUGUCGAUAGCCAUAUUGAUAGUGUUGAGAAUGUGUACGCCGGCAUUGUCACCAAGGGCAACCAGCAGCUGGCUAGGCGCGAGCUGCGUCUGCACUUGCGAGAGCAUGUCGUCUGGGAGCGGAAUACCGUCUGGCGUGAAAUGAUUGAGAUCGAACGCCGUGCUCAGGCCGCGAACGUUGGUAUCCGUCGGACACUUUUGGGUGGUGAUGAGGAUCCUGCCACUGCUCGACGCCAGGGUGAUAAGCAGGAAAUUCGCACCCAGGAGAUCAAGACGCCUCUGGGUGGAUUCCAUUUCCCGCUGUGGUUCUGUAGUCUGAGCUUUGGAACGUUGGUCUUGAGCAUUGCUGUCUUUGGUGCAAUGCUCUCGCUUCGGAUUAUGGAGACCCCUGAGCAGCAGAACUGCUUGGCUAUGUUGGUUCUCGUCAGCAUCCUGUGGGCUACUGAGGCCAUUCCGCUGUUCGUCACUUCGCUUUUGAUUCCGUUCCUGGUUGUUGUACUUGGUAUUAUGCGGUCAGAGGACAAGCCCCAUAAGCGCCUGGGGCCUAAGGAGUCGGUAGGCAUGGUGUUCUCCGCGAUGUGGACGCCCGUCAUCAUGCUUCUCCUUGGUGGUUUCGCAAUCGCCGCAGCACUCUCCAAGUAUGAUAUUGCGCGACGCAUGGCCAUGUUCGUGCUAAGCAAAGCCGGAUCGAAGCCAUCCGUUGUCCUGCUCACCAACAUGUUCGUGAGUAUGUUCCUGAGCAUGUGGAUUAGUAAUGUCGCAUCGCCUGUGCUCUGCUACUCUAUCAUCCAGCCCCUGUUGCGCAACCUGCCCCCAGAGUCGGACUUCGCCAAGGCUCUCGUGCUAGGUAUCGCGCUCGCUGCCAACGUUGGUGGUGCCGCGUCCCCUAUUGCCUCGCCGCAGAAUAUCAUCGCCCUGCAGAACAUGUAUCCCAACAUCAGCUGGGGAACAUGGUUCUUCAUCGCGCUCCCCGUCUGCAUCAUCUCCAUUCUGCUCAUCUGGGGCUUGCUCCUAGCAACCUUCAAACCGGGCCGCAACGCAACAGUCAUCCCCAUCCGCCCCGUCAAGGACCGCUUCACCGGAAUGCAGUACUUCAUCAGCAUUGUAACCCUCAUGACUAUCGCCCUCUGGUGCGCCAGCCACCAACUUGAACAUAUCUUCGGCGACAUGGGCGUCAUCGCCAUCAUCCCCUUGGUUCUCUUCUUCGGAACCGGAAUCCUAAACAAAGAGGACUUCAACAACUUCCUAUGGACGAUCAUCAUCCUCGCCGCUGGUGGACUAUGUCUAGGAAAGGCCGUCACCUCCUCAGGAUUGCUGCACACCAUCGCCGGAAGCAUCACAGCCCGCGUCGAGCACCUCAGUCUAUACAGCGUGCUGUUAGUCUUCAGCGCUCUGAUUCUCGUCAUCGCAACCUUCAUCUCGCACACCGUCGCCGCCCUGAUCAUCCUCCCUCUCGUCCGUCAAAUCGGCGUGAACAUGGAGAACCCCCACCCAAAUCUGUUGGUCAUGGCCAGCGCCUUGAUGUGUUCCGUCGCCAUGGCAUUGCCAACCAGUGGUUUCCCCAAUAUGACUGCCAUCAUGACCGAAGUACCCCAAACAGGCCAGCGUUACCUCCAAGUCCGCCACUUUCUCACCCGCGGUAUCCCAGCAAGUCUCAUGUCAUUCGUGGUCAUCGUCACGCUCGGCUAUGGGUUGAUGUAUGUGGCGGGAUUAUAG